UGAUAACACCGAUCCAAACAUUUGCUCGUGUACGCUGCUAGAAGUCGGACGCGUUUCUGCACGUGUACGUUGUUCUGUGGAAUUGUUCCCCGGCGGUAGACAGCAUCCAACCAGGAUAUUCCCAGCAAGAAAGUGGCAUCGUCAAUCGCAUUCGAACCGUCGCCCGAGUUGCACGUGUUUUCGUAACAUCGCUUAGUAUUCACUAUCACUUUGCUGUGGCGGUGCAUUUGAUACUGGUUUGGUGCGAACCGUGGUUGUUGCAAUAAAAGUGAGCCUCUGUUUUUGCCAAGGCAACGACAUAAAACCGCGUGUGGGAGUUAAUUUUGGCGAUUUUGGCAGACGUACACAGCGGAGACGCGUACCAGUGGAUGGCAACGCUUACUUGGAUGGCAACAUUUUAAGGUGUUGUUAAUUGCCCCGAAUAGUGCGAGAUUAGUGUCAUCAAAAUCAUACCACUGAUAAGAAGGUAGAGUACCGUGUUGUACUGCCGGACGGAAUCAGUUUGAAGGGCUUGUUUGAGUGAGUUGAAAGUUUAUUGACAGUUGUUGGCUGCAAUUAGAAUGAUUAUUUUCAAAACCCUGUGGGCGUUAGUGAAACAGCUUUUCAUCGAUAAUUGAACGUAGCAAAAGACGUAAUCUGCUGAUAACGAAGAAGAAUUUGUUUAACGAUCAGUGUAAAGCAAUAAUUGUUGAAUGAUUUGUAUUCACGACAAAUCUAGCCUAUAGAAUACAGUGAUAAAGCUUCGACAUACAAAGUUCACAGCACGGCGAAAGUGACCAGGCGGGAAUCCCAAACACACAUUGCAACUCGUUAAAACUUUGGCGCAUCCAUCGUAAUACAUCCACAGCACCAUAGAAAAAAAAAAACCAAAAAGUCUAAAACACCAUUAUCAGGAAUGCCACACAGCCUGCAAGGCUGCAACAGCAACUACACCCACCCACCGCGAUCGCGCUGUAAAUAGAGCUUCGUUCCCGUGGUUGCCUAGACACGACAAAAGAGGAAGCUACUGAGCUACUGAGCUUUUGUUCCUCCUUCUACUUCACCUAGCAGUGCGCUGCACUACCAGCACAGAAAUCCUUGAAAGCGCACACCGCAUCCUGGUGUCGUCUGUCCCGCGUGAAAUUACGCGAAGCCAAAGUAGAAUAAAUCAACAUUUUAUAGCAUUUUAUUAAUAUUUAACGAGGUCAAAAUCGAAACGCGAAGACGACAAAUCGGAUAUACAACUACAUCGGCAAAGGAAACGAAGAAGGGGAAAACUGAUUAUCAUUAUGAUGCAUCAGCAAUCGAUUAUGAGUCUAUUUUUGGUGCAAUAAUCGUAACAGACAAAUCGAUACGCUCAGAAAUGGUCGUAUAAUUCAAUCAUCCAGUGGACUGAGAGUGAGAAAUCAACGGCUGAGCUGGUUUUUGCUGGAAGAUUCAAUUCUCCUCAAUAGGAUAGUAGAACAAUAAUAAUGACAAUAAUAAUAGUACCUUAUAGCGCAUAGAGAAUCUACCCUAUCCCAUCAUCCUUCGUAACACAAUAAACCAUUUCGAAAAACCUGAAGGAGUGGAAAGUGAAAAAUCCAUUAGUGAAAAAUUCAACACUUUUCCUCGGUCGGAGACCAAAGAACGAAGAAACGAAAAUCGGUAUUUUUGACCGGACAAUAGAUUUAUAGAAGAUCUCUUUCUCUCAUUUGAACGAAGACACAUCACUCACAAUGGACCUAAAGCACUCUAACGUACCGGAAGUGACGGUAGUGGCCGAUGCCUACAUGCCCGGUAGUAAAUCCUCCGAUCUGAUCAAACCACCCAUCAACGGGUCCAGUGCAACAUUGGACAAACCAGCCCUGCCACCAGGAGAGUUCAAGGUAUACAAGCGGCGAUGGCUGGUGCUGGCAAUCUUCGUAAUGUAUUCCGCCUCGAAUUCACUCCAGUGGAUCCAGUACAGUAUUAUAGCAAAUAUAGUUCAAAGAUACUACAACAUUACCAGCACAUGGGUCGACUGGACGUCGAUGAUUUUCAUGAUCCUCUACAUUCCGCUCAUCUUUCCGGCCAGCUGGAUCCUGGAUAAACUGGGCUUGCGAAUCGCAGCAAUCAGCGGAGUAUUGGGCACCUGUCUGGGUGCCUGGAUAAAAUGUUUCUCCAUCCAGCCGGACCUUUUCUGGGUGGGAUUCAUCGGACAGUCGGUUGUAGCUGCCUCGCAGGUUUUCAUCCUGUCCCUCCCGGCAAAGGUAGCGGCAGUGUGGUUCGGCCCGGAUCAGGUCUCCUCGGCAUGCAGCAUUGGCGUUUUCGGAAAUCAGCUCGGAAUCGCACUAGGUUUUCUGCUUCCUCCAGUGUUGGUUGAAAAUCAUGCCGAUUUAAAUCUAAUAGGCGAUGACCUUCAGCUGAUGUUCUACAUCGUGGCUGGAUUCACCAGCUUGCUGGUCAUUCUGGUUCUAAUCUUUUUCAAGGCGGGACCCCCAACGCCUCCUUCGGCAGCUCAGGAAGCUACAAAGACACCGAACCCACUCCAGUCGUCCCCAUUCCUACAUUCCAUCAAGCGGCUGGUGUUGAACCGAAACUACGUCCUGCUCCUGAUAUCCUACGGAAUGAACGUCGGUGUGUUCUAUGCCAUUUCAACCCUUCUGAACCAGAUCGUCCUCUUUCACUACCCGGGUCACGAGGUGGACGCCGGUCGCAUUGGCGUCUGUAUCGUAUUUGCCGGCAUGUUGGGGUCCGUCGCCUGCGGGAUUGUGCUCGAUAAGACCCAUCGAUUCAAGGAGACAACGCUGGCCGUAUACAUCUUUACCAUGAUCGGCAUGUGGAUUUACACUUUCACCCUGUCUGUCGGUCACAUUGCUGUGGUUUACAUAACGUCGUCUCUGUUGGGAUUCUUCAUGACCGGUUAUCUCCCGGUGGGUUUCGAGUUCGCUGCCGAGUUAACCUACCCGGAACCGGAGGGUACUUCCUCGGGUCUGUUGAAUGCUGCCGCUCAGGUGUUUGGUAUAGCCUUCACCAUGGUCUAUUCGGAGAUUUUGAACAGCAGCGGCGAUGUUAUAGCGAACAUUACGAUGGCUGUGAUGCUAUUCAUCGGAACGGCCGUUACGGCCAUCAUCAAAUCGGACCUGCGUCGCCAGGCGGCCCAGAAUCCAAGCGGCGCUUAAAGUGACCAUUGUGCUGUCAUGCUUUGGUAAUCCACCGGGCAUGUAAAUUGAUUUUCUAAGACAAAGAAUUUGGAGGUGGAAAGUGAUGAUUCGGAAAUUUAUAUUUUACUGUUAUUUAUGCUCACCAGAACACGUUGUUGAUGGGUAAGAUAUUUAAAUUAUUUUUUUUUUUAUAGCAGAUAUGGAUUAUAUAGCAUUGAAUAUGCAACCAAGCCAAAUCGAGAGAACAAACCGGGAAAUUUGGUAGAUUUGAGCACCACCGUUCUGUCAAAUAAAAGUCAUUAAAGGGGGCCAGGAAUUAAUUAGCCGUCAAGCAUUCGUUGUCGGAUGCUGCCGAAUGGAUUUCCUUCUGAAUAUCCUUCUUGGUCCGUUGACUGCCUUAUGGAAUGCGCUGAGGAAAGGCGUGAUGCAAUGGUGUGAAAGUCAAUUAAAAUUCGUUUAAACAGUUUCCUGCUUUCCACCAGAAGAACUAGAAAGCACGGAGGGUGUCAGGCAGUUGAUGUAGGGUAACUUUUCGGUUUGAAUCGUUUUGGCUGAGCGGGUGAAAAACGAGCUAAACGAAUUGCGUGAAUUAAUGUUGUGGCGUGGAAUUGCGUGAAUUUCAAUUUGUGGAUGUUGAACUUAAAGUUUCUUUAAGGCUUCAAGAUUUUCUGAAGUGUUUUGUUGGAUCUUGUUGACAAACAGGUUUCGAAAUACGUUCAGUAAACUAUUCAAAGAAAAGUAGCCCACGAAAUAUUUGUCAAAUCAAUCGAAACGCAACGCUUGCUUAGAUGUUACGUGGUUAUGCUUUUCGUUGCGUUUUUUCAUGAGAUGAACUAGCCAAAUGCUAAAAAUCUCAAUUGCGAAGUUAUUUAAAAAAAUCGUUGCGUUUAUUGGAUUAUUUCUAGGAUUAUUUCCAUUAAAAUUUACAAGGCCUUCGCUCUGACCAAACGACGAGCCACACCAACUUUACUCGAUCCUUAUAGGAAAUAACAUUGUGGCCUUCAUUGGGCACGGUUGUUCGUUUUAAAAAGCGAUAUGGUAUGCAAAUACACAUUUAAGAAAGAACGUUGUGCAAAGUUAAUUCAAAGUAUCAGCCAGUUCUACUAAAUCGAUAGUAACAAGCAUCGAUAAUCGUUGCAAAUAACCGUUCAAGCAACCGGGACACAGAUAUAUCAAAUUAAGUUCCCUACUAAUUUACUGUAGUAUAAAAGCAUGACUAUACUAGUUCUCAAGUUUCAAAAGCACAGGAUGUCAUUGCUCAAUACGUUCCGAUUUGCUCUACCGUUACUCCUGCUAAUACCUUCUGAAGUAAGACCAAAGGCAAGAAUAUACUAUUUUCAGAACGAGUGGGUAAACUAUCAGGAAGCAUGGGAAUCCUGUAAACAGAAAGGAUUUCAACUGGCGUCUGCUGAAUCCUUGGAUGACUACAACGAGCUGGGGAGACUACUCAAUCGUCCGGAGUAUACGGGAGAAUAUUUCUGGUCAACCGAUGGGAAUGUACAUAUUGAUCGAAACAUUUGGUGGAAGUACAUCACGUUCAACGAUGAAGAGAUGACUCUGAUAUCGGAAGACGGUCAAAAGGUCACAACACGGUGUAUGUUGGUGAAAGAUUUUCGAGGCCCUGGGACGUCCUGGUCGUAUGAUUUGUGCACCCAAGUGCACCGAUACAUUUGUGAUAAGAUUUAAGUUCGCUCCAGUAUGAGUCCAUUAUAUUUUUCAAAGUUGCUUCAUCAAACAUUGCCCACGAAUUUCGUGAUCUGAUCUUGUCCUCGUUUAUUAUCGUUUUGUUCAAUAAAAACAUCUGUAUGAUCGAAAAAAUCAAGAGUACCAACUCAUUUUAACCCUUGAAAGGCGUUUGUACAUCUCGAUAAGGGCUAAAAUACUCUGCAGAUGUUAAUUUUCUUUAUCUCUAUAUUUCCACCUUGAUGAGUGCAUCAAUGAUGAGAGUGUGUAACGUUUUCAUCUCAACAUACCAUGGAAAAUUAAGUUACGAUGUCUAUUUAUUAAGGAGAUUUUUAGCCUAUGGCUUGUUCAUCUCCGGAUGAGUCUCAUUCGUGAUUCUGCUAUGAACCGAGUUUUGCAUUAUAUUGAAGAGUAGAACUUCCCCCCAUUCUCAGUGUGAGUGAGAAAGAGAGCGAAAACAAACUGUGUGGGUCUUCUCUCCGUGAGCGAAUGGAUCUUCAAGUUUGCUUUUUUUUAUCAUGGUAAUUGACAUGACGUGCGAUACAAACGAGUGGAUAGGGAAACAAAUCGGCUACUUCGCAUUCUUUGAGCAUUGUCAAAUAUUUCACGAUUUGCCAUUCACAUGAGCACAAAGAUAAAAGCUCAAAAAAGGCUUGAUAUAGUUAUCAGGAUGGAGCUACUACUCUAAAACACUUUUAUGAGUUAUAUGCAUUGAGAAAUAUAUCAAUGAAAUGUAAUCAUCUAGGUUUUUCUAAUAACAAGA